AUGGUUUUUCAUGGUCUCUUUCUUGUCCGACUACUUCACCUGAGUGGAAAACUCCUUUCUCGAAAAGUGGUUGGGGAGGAGCCUGACCCGCCAACUGGUUUGGAGUCUGGAAAUCAUCAUGAUUUUCCGGUAUCGAACGGGACUAAGUAUCACUGUGACAGCUUCGAUGUAAACGAGCCGAACAAGCAAGCGGGUGUACAAAAAAGGCCAGUCACUUAUUCCUAUCGCUAG